UACUGAAAACGAAUGCUAGAUACGGAACAGUAAGGUUGAUUCCUUCGCCGGCUACAGAUAUUUUUCUCGUUCAAUCUGCUCACUCUCACUCGAUCCUUAAUCGUUCUUCACGAUAUUCUCACGGCGGCUCAUCCUCCGGCGUUGUUUUUCAGAAUGGAGGGGGAUUUGAAGCCGAUGGACGCUGAGCAAUUGAGGGAGUGUGCGCACAAGAUGGUGGAUUUCAUUGCGGAUUAUUACAAGAGCAUUGAGAGCUUCCCUGUUCUUAGCCAAGUUCAGCCUGGAUAUCUGCGAGAACUUCUGCCCUCUACUGCUCCUGUACUACCUGUACCAUUGCAAGAUGUGUUGGAUGAUGUUCAGACAAAAAUAUUACCAGGAGUAACACAUUGGCAGAGCCCUGAAUACUUUGCGUAUUUCCCUUCAAAUAGUAGUGUUGCAGGAUUUCUGGGGGAAAUGCUUAGUGCUGGUAUUAACAUGGUGGGGUUUAGUUGGAUAACUUCUCCAGCUGCAACGGAACUUGAAAUGAUAGUUCUGGAUUGGCUUGCUAAGGCACUCAAGCUUCCUGAUGAAUUCCUUUCGACAGGACAGGGUGGUGGAGUAAUACAGGGAACUGCUAGUGAAGCAGUGCUAGUUGUUCUUUUGGCUGCUCGAGAUAAAAUCCUGAGGAGGGAUGGGAAAGAUGCCCUUGGAAAACUUGUGGUGUAUAGUUCUGAUCAAACACAUGCUGCUCUACAGAAAGCAUGCCAGAUAGCAGGAAUUUACCCUGAAAAUUGGCGAGUGCUAAAAACAGAUAUUUCCACCAAUUAUGCACUUUCUCCUGAAUCACUCAAAGAAGCAAUCUCACAAGACGCAGCUUCUGGUCUAAUCCCCUUCUUCUUGUGUGCUACUGUUGGUACUACCUCUUCAACAGCUGUGGAUCCUCUACCUGCACUUGGCAAGAUUGCAAAUAAUCAUGGACUGUGGUUUCAUGUGGAUGCUGCUUAUGCUGGAAGUGCCUGUAUAUGUCCUGAGUUUCGGCCCUACCUCGACGGAAUAGAAGAAGCCAGUUCAUUUAACAUGAAUGCUCACAAAUGGUUUUUGACAAACUUCGACUGCUCAGCUCUUUGGGUGAAGGAUAGAAGCGCACUUAUCCAAUCACUGUCGACGAAUCCUGAGUACCUCAAAAACAAAGCUUCCCAAGGUAACAUGGUUGUUGAUUACAAAGACUGGCAAAUCCCCUUAGGACGAAGGUUCAGAUCUCUGAAAUUGUGGAUGGUGUUGAGACUCUAUGGACUGGAAAAACUGCAGGCUUACAUUAGAAACCACGUCGAUUUGGCCAAGAAGUUCGAAGAACUGGUGAAACAGGAUCCCCGGUUCAAGGUUGUUGCCCCUCGUACAUUCGCUCUAGUCUGUUUUCGCCUGGCGCCCAACGGUGUUUCCGCCGACAGCUUGAACCGCGAGCUGCUUGAUUCCGUGAACUCAACUGGAGAAGCCUUCAUCUCCCACACAGUUCUUUCCGGCGAGUUCGUCCUGCGGUUCGCCGUCGGGGCUCCGUUGACGGAAGAGAGGCACGUGGUUGCAGCCUGGAAGUUGCUGCAAGAAAAGGCUUCUGAACUGCUGCUGAGGAAAUCAAUGCAAUGAAGAAUGGUAAGGUUUGUUGUUUUGCUUCCAUAGAUUGAUUGUUUGAUUAUAUGAUUUCUAAGGGGAGUGAGUGUCUGUUCAUAUAUUUAUACUAUUUGGCAUGUUGUUAUUAAUGGGCCGUGGGCCUAAGAAAUUUGGCGUUGGAUUUUAUUGGGCCUUGGGCCUGACAAAUAAAGUGGCCCACCGAACGGUUAGGACAGGUUUCGUGAGUUAGUCAUAGUGAUAGUGAAAGCUACAAAGAUAGCUAAGGUAAAAUUACUUAUAUGAUCAAUUAUACUCCCUUCCUUCCA